AGGAACCACCCCGGCGGGCGGGCUGAGGCGGGUUCGGGCCCUCUGCGGCUGCGGACCGGCCGCCCCAUGCGGGCUCCGUCCCCCGCGGCCGCUCGCCGCCGCUGCCGCCCGCGCCGGGAUGGAGGCGCCGGGCAGCCGCCGGCGGCAGCUCCCCGUCCUGCUGCUCUGGGUUAAUGGUCUAAUGACGCUUGGAUUCGCAGGUGCACGUCAACAGACUGAGCUCUGCAAUGAAUCUCUCAUGUUAGAAAAGUUGCCUGCCUGUGGAAAAUCUUUUGAAGAGAUGAUGAAGAAAGUGGACUCAAAAAAGUGGUGCAACCUUACAGAAUUUAUCAUGUAUUAUGACAACUUUACCCAGUGCACAGAGCGUGAAGCCAACAAUGCAAGUUGCUUUUGGCCAAACCCCCUUGCAGAAGGCUUUAUCACUGGAAUUCAUAAACAAUUCUUUUCAAACUGUACUUCAGAAAAGGUUCACUGGGAAGAUCCACCAGAUGAAAUUCUCAUAGCACUGAUCUUGAUCCCAGUCAUGUUGACAUGUGCCAUGAUAACACUGGUAGUAUGGUGCAGCAAAAGAAGUGAUAUCUUAGUGUAAGUUCUUCCUCUGGGCUUUCUUUUCUUCAUUUCUUUCUUCCCUAAACACUAAGAAAGGAGGAUGAAGAGAGAAACAUGGCAUAAAGAUUUCAGAUCUGCUGAAAUGGAACCAGUGAGAUACUGAGAUACUCCUGUGGAAUGAAGAGCUGCUGCUGCUGCUGCAUCACUGCUUCUGUCUUGACCAUGAGUAUUGCUGGUAGAAAACUGUACUUCCAUCAAGGCUCAUCAGCAUGGAAUUCACAGGCAGCUCCCAGAAACAGGAGAGUUCCCAGGCGAAUAGACCUCUUGUCUGCAAAAGGAGUUGCUUUCCUGUUAUUUUCCUGUGGGCAAAGGUGACUGGUAAAGUUUUGCAAAGCUGUGUGUGUAUAAUACUGACCGGGGGGGAAAUGAUAUCUCUUGAGGUUUUGUGCGGGACACUCAAGGUUUUCAUCUGUGAACUCUGUGACUUGGAGAGAUCCUUGGCACAGGUACUAAUUAUGGAUAUAACCAGGUGGCAGCUUUUCUUAAAAUCUAGUCAAAAUCAUCAUUAUCAAAACUGGGAAGGAUUGUUCUGGCAAAGAAACAACUCCUGUGUCCGGUGAUUAUCUGUACAUGGAAAUUAUCCUGCCACGUUAUAAAAUGGUUUAUAAAAUUUCUUUAAGCAUGGCUGCUUGGAAUUGUAUGUCUCACAAACAAACUUUGGGAGGAUACAAGUCCUACUUUACAGAGCUGGAAAACAUGAGAGAAAAUUGGUUGAUUAUAAAUAUACUAAGGAGUAAUGAAGAAACUUUCAUACACCAGACUCUUUAUUUUUCCUCUUUUAUAAUUAUUAUUCUUGAUGACUUGUGUUCACUGUAUACUCCCCACUCUUGCUCCAAUUUGUGCAAGUGAUAUAGUACAAAUAAAUAUAAAGGUGUCAUGUUGAUUGAGGUGCCUUUCAGAGUAUCAUACAUAAAUAAUUCUUUGUCCUGUGUAGAGUGUGGAAACUAAAGUAUGAACAUAAAAACCUGGAAUAGAAGUAGGAGGAAAGAGAAAAAUUCAACUCAGAAAUCUUGUUCUAUAAAGUUAAGUAAUAGUUGAAAUAAAGAUCAUAUGCUCAAAACAAAAGAACUUCCCUGUGUUGCAAACCUUCUUUUCUCAACCUUUCAGUGCCUCUCAUGCCUUUCAGUCCAAUGUUCUGUGACAAGUGUGCAAGGUCUGUUACAAGUGACUUUUCAUUUUUCCAUACCUUAUGCACACAAAUAAAAUACAGUUGAAUAGCCGAGUAAUUGUGUUUUAUAUAAUUUAUAGUUAGAUUUUCUCCUUUAAGGUUCUGGCUCCAUGUUUGGGACUUAGGUCUUUGAAUAUGAAAAGCAUUUCCAUGCUUGAAUCAAAUUAGAAGUGCUCAAUUUACUAGAUUAUUUAUCUACAUAUAUUGUGUAUACAUAAAUAAAUAACCUUUAUAAGUUGUACUUUUGUUUUCACAUCUGUUCAUAAGGAUUGAAGGCACCAACUUGUUUAUUCAUUGCUCUGAUGUUGGAAUGAUUAAAUUUUGAAAGUGUUUUCUGUGUGUUUUUCCAAAGACUCUUCCUCAUUCUCUAGAUGCUAGCAGAAAUUGCUCUUUAUAAAAAAAGAAGAAUGAAGUAAUGUAUUAAGCAAUUCUGUUUAAUUUUCUAUUGACCUUUUAUUUUCUGUAUUAAAAUGCAUUGCACCACCAAAACUAGUGGUCAGUUAAGACACACAACCCAUUCAUUUUAGGCAAAAUACUGUUUGGUUAAGCAUUUUGUGUGGCCAGAACGAAGCAAUCUUAUAUUCUGCAUGGAGUUUCAUUUUAAUUCUCAUUUACUUCAGCAAGCUUCAAGGCAAAUUUCAAAACUUUGGUUUGGAAACCAUGUAACAAAAAUUUUUACUUUUAAAAAACCACAUUCAUUUCAACCUAAUUGUCAUGUUUGGGGCAAAUUCUGGACAGUUUCUGACUCAUUUGAAAUCACGUUCACCUAAUGAACAGGUCACCUGAGAGAUAUCAGUCAGCUUAAUUCAUAAGAUUAAUUUAUAAAAUGGGUUGACCUAGGUACUAAGUGAAGAAGAAAACUUGAUGAAUUCUUACCACCAGAUGUGUACUGUGGUCUUUAAAAGAAUGCCAUGUUUAAAAUCUCUAGUUCAAACAGUCUUUUAAAAUAUAAGAUUCAAAGGAACAGAAAUAGUUGGUUUUAAUUCAUGUGCCGUAGAGUAGGGAUAGAGGAUGCUAACACUAGUCUGUGCUUUGGAGGCGAAAAUUUAGUUGUUGUGUGUCUUCCUCAUCCAAGUGUGAUCUUCUAUUACUUUUUAUAUGGCUGAAGAAAGGCAGAGAAGUUGAAACAGUGCGUGGGAAACAACACAGAUUAUUUAACGUAGUCUCAGUGUUUUAAAUCUGAGAAAUGUUUACAAUGUUUUUAGGAAAAAUGCAACUGCAGUAGUUAGUUCUUAACAGUUGUGUACAUUAAUAGGGACCCAUAAUGAUAAUUGUUGAAUCUUUUGACAUAGGUUGUACUAUGUGUUGAUGAGAGUGCAUUUUAGGACCUUCCUAUGUCUCCCCCAAGCCUAUUUCUAUUGGCAAGAAAAUCAUAUCUGGCACCAAGAAUCUGGCUCAUUUAUUAAUUGCAAAUUAAUCUGAUAUCACAACAGAGGCUCAGGAAUAAUGGCAUUCAAAAAGAAAGAAAAUGUUCAAAAUCCUUCCUAGAACUGGAACUGUGGUUGAUCCCCAGCAAUAUUUAGGCCAAAAGAGAAGUGACAGCUAGCUGACAUUGCUAAUUGUUGUGAGUUGUGGGAUAUUUUGCAUUCAGUAGCAACUGUGGAAGUGCAUAUUUCCAUGGGGUAUAAGAACUUCAGCAAAGAAUUAACAAGAGAAUAUGAUGUCUAGCAGGACCAAGACAAAGGCAGAGAGGGCUGUCAUCUCUUUCAAGAAAAAUAGCAGGAGGCCAAAGGAGGAACACAAUUCCUUCAGGGCAAGGACAAAAAUAUUCAAGAACACAAAAAAAUGUGGUACUUUCUUCCAGGAGUAUGAACUGACCAUAAGCAGGUUAGUAGCAAUGUCUCUUGGGGCAUUGGUAGGGAAUGGUGAGGAAGUCCUGCGUGCUGUCUUCAUCUGUUCAGCGUUCGUGCAGAGGGAAUCAACAGCCUCUUUAAUUUCUAGCAUCCCCACAAUGAAAUGAAGGUAUAUGGUGUAAAUUCCCUUCUACACAGACUGGGCAUCCAAAUGAAUUUACAGGAAUGCUCAACAGGUGUGCCCUUUUUUUGACUGUUAUAGGUGGUGUCUCUUCCUGCCUAAAUGUCAUGGGUGUGUGUCUGCCUGGCAGCCGAUGUUCACCUGCUGCAAUACAUUGGCUUUUUUGGAAACUGAAGCAAAGUAUGAUUUUUGCCAGGCAGUCAGAUGUAAUGCAGCAGUGCUGGACAUUAUUUUGCUUAAGCCUUGAUCAUCAAAAGCAUUAGUGUAUUUCAGAAAAUGAAGGGUCCUGAGCUGUAUUUCUGAAGUCCGAGUUCCAUAGGAGGAAAAGAGAACAUUGUAUUUUUUAACUCAUGGGUGGUUUGGAAGGAUAAAGACAAUUAGUGACUGUCAUUGCUUCUGAAUACAAGAAUUAUGGAGUUCUCUAUGUGCUUUGAUGGAAAUACACACAGUGGUGUCACACUCAGAAGUGGACAUAGAAAAAGCUAUUGAAUUUUAGUUAAAGAGUCUGUGUUUCUGCUACUCUUAACAGAAUUUUGAAAUAAGAAACUGAGACCCUCAAAUAGCUUUGUGGAUUUGAUAAGAAAAGCAAAUUUUCUGCAUGGUAGGAAAUCUGGGGAGCAUUGAGGCUACUACCUUGUCUUUGAACUCUCAGCAGAGUAUUUUGAAAGGAUACAAAUAGUAAUGGUGAAUAAUUGGCAUAAUCUGUCAACACCAACUGUGCCAAAGCACUUGGAGUGGAUGCAGAGUCAGGUGGUCACAGCCACCCUGCUUAGAGCUGGCUGUGAGAGCCAGCUCUGCUUGGAAUUGUCUGGAGACACAUCAACGUGGUGCCAUACUUGGCUUUGAGGGAUUUGCCUUAUGCAGAAACCAUCUCUAACGUGAUGGCCUGGCUGCUGGAGUGGAGACAGCUUCAAAUGAGUUUGUAGAAGAUGUGCCUUUGUAGAGUUUUCUGGGAGUGUGCGUAUACAGACAAAACUACCAGGGUACUGGGAUUUUUUUUGGGAACUUUCAGGGAUGGCAGCAGCAUAGUUGGAAUUACUCCUUAAGGUUUGACAUUCAGAUAUAACUGAGUUCUGUCUAAAUCCUUCAUGGUGGGAUAUUUUUUCUUUACUAGUUUUUAUAUCUAGGGUGUAGAUAUCUGCAUGAGAACAUGGUCUCAUAUUUUGUUUUUACCACAUUCUAAGGGAGACUCUUGGUUUUCAUUAGAUUAAUGAUCAGAAAUGCUCUCAAAGAACCAUUAAAUGGAUCCUAGUGACAGUUUCACUGUAGCCUCAGCUACAAUGUGGUAGACAUCUAAAUUAUAGAGGAUGUUAAUCAUGCUCCUAGCUACCUUAGACCUCUAUUCUUCAGUGCCCUGUCUGAGUAGGGUAUAAUCUUGGAAAGAUGCUAUGAGCAUAAGAAAGUGAAUGUUUGCAAAUUACUUAAAAAUUAUUGAGUUGUGGAACCUGCUCACAACAAUCUAAUUAUUCAAAAUGACAGCAAUUAGAAAACCAAUGGGAAAUACAGGCAGGGAGAAUUUUCAUGAUUCAGUCCAUUUGGCUAAUUGUUUUUCUUUGUUAUAUUUUUUAUUUGCAGUUAUUAUUUUUUAAAAUUAAUGGGCUACAGGGGGAAAAUAAAGUGCCUGUGCCUGUUAAAGCAGAGCCCUAAGUUUCUGAGAAAUGCCAUUGUAUUUCUCAUCUACGAUUAACAUUAACAUGACUCUUCUGUCAUCUUCAUUCUCCUGCUGCUCAGAACAGCAGGAGAAUGCAAUUUUUGCCUGACAGUUUCAAUACCAUUAAAGAUUCAGAAUGACAACAGUGGAAGCUUUUUAGAACAUAGCUGCUUAAAAGUGAAAUAUGUUGAGUGACUUAGAAAUUAACUGAACUAUUCUUGGAGAGCACACCAGGGAGCUGCAUAGGUGUAGAGAGAGUGAGUGGGAACACAGAUAAUUCCGCUGACAAAAAUCACUUUAAAUCCUGGGAAAUUAUGGUACAUUUAAUUGCUCACCUCAUAAAAACAACCUUUGUUUGUAAUUCAAAAACAGCUGGUGAAAGCCUAAUUAUGUACGUAAAUAUGUGCCUUAUUUCUCCAUACCCUUCAACAGGACUGUAACAUAACUGCAAGGGAAAUGUGCUCCUAUUUGCCAGCUAUAUAUAUGUACACAGCAUGCAGAUGGAGAGGAUCCAGUGAUAUAUCACCAUAUAGUUGACAUUAUGGAGACUCCAUGGCUGAGUGUGAGUGGUGUAUUUGCUCAACAUUUGAUGCAUAAAGAAAUUCUAUAUAAACCAGAGAAUGUUAUGUGGGCGCCUGUCACUGUAAGGAGGAGAUCCCACUGGUUUAUGUGUGUAAGAAGCCAUUAGAGGCACGUAUGAGCACAGAGCCAAGCUUCAUUAGAGCCAAGACACUUGGGGAUACCAACUGGUAUCAGUCUUGGAACAUACCUGUGUCUGACCAGACUCCUGUAACACCAAAAUAUUCAGAUUUUGAUAGAUAAUAUUGGUCAAUUGUUUUAAAAGCAAAGAUAUGUAUUUGAUGAGAAUUGAACAUACAAGUUGUUUUGUUAGGAACUUGGAUAGGAACUAAAUUUUAAAGCAAUUGCACAUUCAGUCAUUCUUAUUUCAAAUGACUGUAAUGAGGCUUAGAAUUGAGUGAGUUGUAAUGUUUAGCUAAUUAAACUAAAUAUUUUCUUAAAAUAAUGCAUGCAAAUUUACACUUUUUAAGAUUUUUAAGUUGGUCUCUGCCCUUUGCAUUAAUUUAAACCUGAAUGAAGAGAGAAGAGUAAGAGGGAAAAGCUAAGUUAUUUUAUGAAGUAUAAAGAAUUUUGCUAAUUUAUGUAAAUAAAUUAUUUAUUUUUUAUUGCUCUGGUUAAUUUGCAAUUUUGACUUUGUAUAGAAGUACAUUACUUUCUUUAAGAUCAGCAUGGAUACUUUGUCAAAGACAUGAAAGUAUUAAUACAGACAACUGUUGCCUUGCUUUCUGUUUUAUUUUUGAUGAAAAUACUGGGCACAGUAUUUCACAUCUGAGCCAGCAGACCUGAAGGAAUAGCCAAAUCAGAUUAUAAAGGAUAUCUUCUUAAUCCUAGCGUGGCACUGUAGUAGAGUAGUAGAGUGCUCCUUGGGGCUAUCUGGAGACACUCUGCAGACUGAAAAGAAAGACUUGAGUUUGCUGUCUUUUGACAAAGGAAAUAUUUUUUAGGGACAACUAUUAGUAAUUGAGGUUACAGUUUAUAGAAAGUUUAUAGAAUCAGUAUGUCAGAGACCUGUGCACUGGGAUCCCAAGCACAUUCCCACAAGUUUCAGUCUCUAAGGAGAGAUAUUUGCUUAGAGUGCAACAUUUAUGAGGUGGUUGAAAUGAAUUUUCCUGUCAGCAGGGAGUGAAUCCCAGUUCUCUUGGACUGCCUAGUUUGUCCCAGUUUAUUUUAAACUGAAGAGCUCUGCCAGUAAAUUUUACCCUUUUUAGGAAUUAAUGUGGGCAUUAAAACUACUUUUUAAACUAUUGGGAGAAAUACCAGUAUUUGACAAUCACAUUGGCAGAAUAUCUGCAGACUACCUGUUUUUUUCUGUCUUUCAACAAUUUGGUUUUGCUAGCAAAAAUAACAUGUUUUAGGAGUACUUUCUUGAGCACAGUAGCAGAACUAGUAGUCCUUUCUAAUAACUAAAGCCUUAAUACUCAACACAAAACACUUUCAUAAAUCUACUACAUACACUGAUUUUCUUAUGCUCUUUUCAAGAAAAGAAACCAUUAAGCAUAAUUUCAGGACUUAAGAUGUGGUAAUUGAUCACUGGAUCCUCUCCCAUCUGCAUGCUGUAUAUAAUCUGAAAUAAUUAUGAAAUUAUUUUUACUUAAAUGUGAAGGAAAAUGCUUCUGACUAGCUGCAUACUUUGGUAGAUUAUAAGACUGAAAUAAAUGCUGUUUUGUGUAAUACACAGUAUUGUCAAUGCAUACUCUAGGGUAACAGUUUAGAAGUACAAAUCAAGGGCAGCAAUAGGUCACAAAUAUUUCUAGUACUGCAAAAAUGUACUAAUGAAACAGGAGGAUUUUGCUGAGGAAAAAUCAACAUUAUAGUAUUUGCUUACAUAAAGGGUCCAAUACAAUAGUUUAUGAUGCUAGCUGAGGCUUUCAUUAAAAAAUGAAACCCAAACCCUGGAAACAGAGCAGGAAUACAGUUAGAUGAAUGCUUGGAAAAGCAAAGACCUAGGUCUGCAUCAGCUGCUGAAGUUCCCCAAUGUAAACAGUGUUUGAUUUGAGUCUGUCCAAUAUUUUUGCCCUGCUGUGGAUUGCUAUGCUUAGUUGUCCUGGGUUCCAGAAGUUUUAAGAACAUUAAAUUCAAGAAAAGAAACAAAGCUAAUCAAGUAAAAACUUAUAUAACCAUGCAACUUAAGUAGUGUGUAUUCCAGAGACCAUAAUGUAUUCAAUUCUGCAUUGAAAAACCCACAUUGCUCAUCAGUUUUUCUUUUUUUAUCACUUUAGGCUCACAAAUAUGAAAGUUUUGAUUUCACUUGCUUCACUUCAACCACUUAGAAGUUGAAACUCUAUUUUACAUUCUCUAAUUGUAUGGUAUUUAUAGAGCAUUAUGAACAUGCUAAUUUUCUGCCAAUAUACUUUAUGGUAAGAAAUCAGAGUUGGAUUCCCUUGCUCUCAAAGGAGUAACAGAAAGGGUCAGCUCUCUGUUUGGAGACACUAGGUGUCCUUUUUUGUGCAAUUAGUAUCACUCCAAUUGCCAUGAUAAGUUUCAGGAAGAAGUGUGGUAAGAAGUAGAGCUGUGCAUCCUUUCUGUUAGGCUCAAAUUCCUUUGAAGAGAAAAGAAUUCAAAGAACAAGAACUUCCUUUUGGACCACAACAUAUGCCUGUCUUAACAGUCUCCUUUAAUGAGGUUAACCUUCAUUUUAACUCAAUGACUUUAAAUGUCAGUCAAACAUUAUCUCCACCACUGCAUGUCUUAAUUCUCUUUCAUUCUUAGUGCAGUCUCCAGAGUCUUAAGAAUUUUUGCCCUUCAGAAAUACGCCAAGCAGCAUUUAAGAUUCCUUUAAAAUCUUGCUGGUAUUUGUAAAUAUUAGCAAAUGGAAAAUAUUUCCUAUUCCUCUUUAUCUUGACUUCUAGGUAGGUUAGAAAGAUAUAUAUAAGAAGAAGUAAAAGGUAACAGACGUAUAGUCUUGAGUGAAAAAUGACAAAGUUUCCAGAUGAUGUAAAACUUGACAUACAUUUUACAGUUCCUGUAACAAGUGUGGUGUCAAAAAUCAUAUAAUCAAUGUAAGUAUUCAUUAAAAUUUUUAUUGUAUUUGUAAAAUUAAUUUAUGCAGAAGUUACAGACUGAUGUUUUCCCUUGGUUUCUAAGGUUCCCUAGUAUAUUAAAGUACACUGUAUAUUGUACAGAGGUUUUGUAACCCAAGUCAGGACAUGUAGGAUGAAUUUGUCAUACUCAUAUUCUGUUGUGUCCAAAGCUAUUAUUAAAAUCAAUGCGUUCAUAGAAGAAAGGCCAAUGCAGUAACCAAUUGGACCACCCAGCUUACAGACAAAAAUAGAGCAUCAUUCUCUGUUUUGAAUAUAUGCUAUUCUUGCUCAUGGGAAUACAAAGUUGAAGGGAAAAAUGUGGCUGUUGUUCUUCCUAAUGUUUAUUAUAAAUGGAAUGCACCAUUUACCCUUCUGUACUAUUCAAAGUAAAAGUCUUGGAAUAAAA